GAGUAGACAGACCCUUCAGCUUCCUGUCAUCUUUAAGCCUCUGCACACCUCCCUGUUCUGACGAUGGCCGGCGAAUCAAGAAAGAGAAAGGUAGGUCUUUUAUACGACGAGAGGAUGUGUAAACACGACACACCUGACGGUGAGGAUCAUCCAGAGUGUCCUAAUCGCAUCAAAGCUAUCUGGGAGAUGCUUCAGCGCAGUGGUCUCGCUCAAAGGUGUGUGGUUCUUGGUGGUAGCAAAGCGGAGGAUAAGCAUCUUGAACUGGUUCACACAAAAGAGCAUGUUAAUUUAGUCAAGGGUUUAAGCACAAAGAAGAAAAGUUCUCGAAGAAACAAGAUUGCUUCACGGUUGGAUUCAAUAUAUCUUAAUGGAGGCUCAUCUGAAGCCGCCUAUAUUGCAGCUGGAUCUGUUGUAGAGGUGGCAGAGAAAGUUGCAGAAGGAGAGUUAGAUAGUGGCUUUGCUAUUGUGAGGCCACCAGGGCACCAUGCUGAGGAAGAUGAGGCCAUGGGGUUCUGUCUGUUCAACAAUGUCGCUGUUGCUGCCAGCUAUUUACUUAACCAAAGACCAGAUCUAGGUAUCAAAAAGAUUCUGAUUGUUGAUUGGGACGUUCAUCACGGAAACGGUACACAGAAGAUGUUCUGGAAAGACCCUCGUGUACUAGUCUUCUCUGUUCAUAGGCAUGAUGGUGGAAGCUUCUAUCCAAAGGGGGAUGAUGGAGAUUAUGACAAGGUUGGGGAAGGUCCAGGUGAAGGGUUUAACAUAAACGUUCCAUGGGAUUUGGAGGAAGGAAGAUGUGGAGAUGCAGAUUAUCUUGCUGUAUGGGACCAUAUCUUGAUUCCUGUGGCCAAAGAGUUUAAACCUGAUAUUAUUUUGAUUUCAGCUGGAUUUGAUGCAGCUAUUGGUGAUCCGCUUGGUGGUUGUUCAGUUACACCAUAUGGUUAUUCAGUUAUGUUGGAGAAGGUUUGUACUGCUACUGAUUGGUUUGUCUGGUUCUGUAGCCCUGAUCUUCAAUAUUUUUCUCAGCUGAAGGAGUUUGCACAAGGAAAGAUUGUGAUGGCGUUAGAGGGAGGGUACAGACUUGACAUAGUUGCAGAGUCUUCACUGGUGUGUGUCGUAGGUUUGCUUGAAGACAGACCAGUUGAAUGUUCCAUUGAAGAACACACAAUGGACUCUACGCGUCCUCUCAUAGAAGCGGUACGCAAGAGGCUAUCCCCAUAUUGGCCUUCACUUGCAGAUGAAAUACAGUGGAAGGCGCAACCUCCUUUUCCACCAAACCUUGAUGAACUCCUACCGCGCCUUCACCGUGAACGUCAAGAUGCCUUAAGGGAUAUGUGGGAGAAAGGGUUCGUCCGUGGUAAGCAGCUAGCAUUGAGCUUGUGCUCUUCCUUCGAGGUGGCCUUGGAAGAAAAGGAGGCACUACAGACCAAAGUGGCCGAACUGCAGGGUGAGGCCAGCGAUAAGUUGCGCCUUCAAGUCUCCCUAGACAGAUAUGCAGCGGAGGCAAAGGAGGCUUCCGAGCAACUGACGCAAGUUUCCAGCGAACUGAGAGAGGCCAAGAUCGACUUAGACUUUCACCGUGAGCUUUUCAAGAAGUCCAGCGAAGAGAAGAAGUUGCUGGAGGGGGAACUGCAGAAGGAGGCCAGCGAUAAGUUGCGCCUUCGAAUCUCACGAGACAGAUAUGCAGCUGAGGUGAAGGAGGCCGCUGAGCAGCUGGCGAAAGUUCGCAGCGAGCUGAGGGAGGUCCAAAUCGAUCUUAACUUGAACCGCAAGAAGGCCAAGAAAGUCAAAUAGAGUUGGAGUUUCAUUGUAACCCACAUGCUCUUUCUGUAACCAAAUGAUGUUUACUUCUUUUUGAGGUUUAGUGUCUCCACAACAAGUCUACACUAGACCAUUGGUUGUAGUACAAUAUCGUUUAAGUUUCUCUCAUUUUCCCUCCCGAGAAGAUAAAAAAAUCAGAUUUAGAAGAUUGAAAAACUCAU